CACUAUCCGGAGAUACAAAAACGCUGCCCGGGCAUCCGAGCUCCAGUGCUCAAGAGGACGCAGAAGAAGACGUGGUACCACAACCCAGAUAAGCACAACCCUCAGCCAGCCCCCAGUGACCCAGCACGUGGGAGGAACUGUAGGAGGAUGGGGUACCACAAGCCAGACAUCCACAAUCCUGAACCAGCCCCCAAUGACCCAGCACAUGGGAGGAGCUGUAGGAGGAUUUGUAGGCAAUAGCCAGACAUCCACAAUCCUGAACCAGCCCCCAGUGACCCAGCACGUGGGAGGAGCUGUAGGAGGAUCUGGAAGCAAUAGCCAGACAUCCACAAUCCUGAGCCAGCCCCCAAUGACCCAGCACGUGGGAGGAGCUGUAGGAGGAUGGGGUACCACAAACCAGACAACCACAAUACUGAGCCAGCCCCCAAUGAUCCAGCACAUGGGAAGAGCUGUAGCAGGAUGGGGUACCACAAGCCAGACAUCCACAAUCCUGAACCAGCCCCCAAUGACCCAGCACAUGGGAGGAGCUGUAGGAUGAUGGGGUACCACAAGCCAGACAUCCACAAUCCUGAACCAGCCCCCAGUGAUCCAGCACACGGGAGGAGCUGUAGGAGGAUGCUGCUACCUCGAGAAACACACUCAUUAUCCGGGCAUCCGUGUUAAAGCACAAGAGAGGAGCCCUGUUCAAUUACAAGAGACAAGCUGUAGGAGGAUGGGGAGACACUACUCAGACAAAUACAAAGCUCAUCCAUCCACCUGUGCUCCAGCACACGGGAGGAGCAAUAGGAGGAUCAGGAGCCACUACUCAGACAAAUGCAAACCAUAGCCAGGCACCCAUGAUCCAGCACACGGAAGGAGCUGUAGGAGGAUUGGGUGAUGCUACCCAGAUAGACACAAAUCUUAGCCAGCCAGCAGCCAUCCAGCACACAGAAGGAGCUGUAGGAGGAUCGGGUGAUGCUACCCAGAUAGACACAAAUCUUAGCCAGCCACCGGUGAUCCAGCACAUGGAAGGAGCUGUAGGAGGAUUGGGUGAUGCUACCCAGAUAGACACAAAUCUUAGCCAGCCGCCGGUGAUCCAGCACAUGGAAGGAGCUGUAGGAGGAUUGGGUGAUGCUACCCAGAUAGACACAAAUCUUAGCCAGCCGCCGGUGAUCCAGCACACGAGAGGCGAAGGAGGAGGACGUGUUCCUCGUGCCCGGAGAGCCAUAAACCUUCUCCGGCCAGACUUGUUCCUGUGCAAGGGAGGAGCUGCAGGAGGACGGGGCGCUCCCACAGCCGUUGUCCAGCCUCCUGUGUGUGCAAAGAGCAAAUCGAGUGGCAGCCGUGAUGGAGGAGGACUCUCUGGUGCCUCCGGUUCUGGACCAGCAGGCAAAAAAAGCGCGGUCUCCUCGCAGAAAGCACCCUCUGCAUUAAGCAGUGCAGCCCCUGGUGAUGGUCAGAGAGACGGACAGCAGCGACUUCUUGACUGUGCAGCGAAAGACAUGGCAACCUCGGAAUCUUCUGGGCAGUGGGUGUUUUCGUGUUACUCUCCUGUGGCGGGCAAGCCUAGUGCUUCAGGCUUUCGAGAGAUCUCCCCUGAGGAGGGGCGCCUGGAGUAUUAUAACUGCCGUGCGAAGGAGAGCACUGGAUACUACACAAACACUGUCGGUCACUACGUGCAGCAAUGGAGAAACAAGCUGCAGGAGCUGAAGGCUUUGAAUGCCUCGGGAAAAGCAUCGAUGCCGUCUCAGAGAAAGAAUGCGGUCACCCAAGCGUUGCCUUCUCUUGGACUGGGAGGACAGCAAGCCCCAAGCGCUGGGUUCCCAAGUGCUGGAACCGCCAAGGCAGCGACAGGAACUUCUCACUCGAGUGCAAGCAGUGCUUCGGCUGCACAGACUGCCGGUGCCUCUGGACACGACGCCACGUCCGCGCCUCCUGCAUUCCCACACGGCAUCAGACCAGGCCAGUUAUGUUCACCGAGGGGCGAAUCAACAGCCGAAGAGCUGGAGCAGUUUAAAGCCAAGAAGUUCACGCCGGGAAAGGUCCCUCAGAAACCACCACUCGCAGACCUUUUACAUGGCUUACCAUGUAAUUUAAUGUAACUCUGAAGUUAUACGUCUUAGUUGUUGUUCUGUGACUCUUCCAAUAAACAAUGUUGUGAUGGAGCACUGAGUUGGAAUGCUUUCCUCUGACUUAAGUUCUCGUUUAAUCUCCUUAUUCUUCUGUAUAAUCAAUGGUUAUACAGGUGUUAUCAUUAAGAAGUAUACAAGAGAGUUUGGCUAAGCAGGUUAUUA